AGUCGGUCCAGUGGUAUAAAUACCGAAGCCUCCUCGACGAAAUUAUUCAGUUGCCAACAUCAACAGCACAAACAUGUACGCCAAGUUGAUCAUCGCUCUGUGCGCCGUGGGUAUCGCCCAUGCGGGUGGUUUGUUGGGAGCUGCUCCUUUGGCCUACACCAGCCACGCCAUCGCCGCCCCCGCCGUGUCGUCUGUGUCCUCCUACUCGACGCACACCGCUCACGCCAGCCCCAUCGCUACAUACGCGGCUGGUCCCGCUGUAGCCCACUACGCGGCGCCCGCAGUAGCAUCUUAUGCUGCUCCCGCCGUAGCGUCUUACGCUGCCCCCGCUGUGGCGACCUACGCUGCUGCCCCCGUCGUAGCCAAGACCAUAGCUCCCGCCGUGAGCUCUGUGUCGUCUUACUCCUCCCACACCGCUCACGGCGCUCCUGCAUAUGCCGCCUACUCCGCUCCAGUUGUAGCCAAGACUUAUGCUGCUCCCGCCGUCGCUGCCUACUCUGCCCCCAUUGUGGCUAAAACCUACGCCGCUCCCGCCGUGGCGACUUACGCUGCUGCCCCCGUCGUUGCUAAGACCAUCGCGCCUGCCGUGUCGUCCGUAUCAUCCUACUCCACCCAUACCGCUCACGGCUCUCCCGCGUAUGCUGCAUACUCCGCUCCCGCGGUCGCCGCCUACUCUGCUGGCCCAGUGAUCGCUAAGAGCUACGCCGCUCCUGCAACCAGCCACGCCAUCGCCGCCCCCGCCGUGUCAUCGGUCUCCUCUUACUCGACCCACACCGCUCACGCCAGCCCCGUCGCCACAUACGCCGCUGCUCCCGUCGUCGCCAAGGCCAUCGCCGCCCCUGCUGUGGCUGCCUAUGCUGCUCCCGCUGUAGCAUCAUAUGCUGCUCCUGCCGUAGCGUCUUAUGCCGCUCCUGCUGUAGCGCAUUACGCCGCUCCUGCCGUAGCGUCUUACGCAGCACCUGCCAUAGCCUCUUACGCCGCUCCUGCUGUGGCAUCUUACGCUGCCCCCGCCGUUUCCUCCGUGUCGUCCUACUCAAGCCGCACCUCUCACGGGGCACCUGCGUACGCCGCGUACUCCGCGCCCGCAGUAGCUUCUUACGCCGCUCCCGCUGUCGCCACCUACGCCGCUGGUCCCGUCAUUGCUAAGAGCUACGCUGCUCCCGCGAUCGCCGCAUACGCCGCCCCUGCCUACGCUAGUUACGCUGCUGCCGCCCCUGUCCUGAAGACAUCUGUGGCGUACUCCGCCGCUCCCGCUGUAGCUCACGUUGCCUACGGCGGUCACGGUGCCGCGCACGGUUGGUAGACUGAAUCCACGUAUACGAAUACAUAUUUAAUGUUGUAAAUAGACCAAUAAAAUAAAGAACAUUUACGUAAAUA